UACUCAGAAGUCAGAGUUGAGAGACAGAGGCACCCCAGAGAGAGACGGGAACCACUGAAUAUCAAAAUGACUGAAAAGGCCCCAGAACCACACCUGGAGGAGGAUGACGAGGAUCUGGACGGCAAGCUCAAUUACAAGCCUCCGCCACAGAAGUCCCUCAAAGAGCUGCAGGAGAUGGACAAAGAUGACGAAAGUCUAGCUAAAUACAAGAAAACGCUCCUGGGGGAUGGUCCCGUGGUAGCAGAUCCAUCUGCUCCCAACGUCACUGUCACCCGGCUCACCCUGGUGUGUGAGAGUGCCCCAGGACCGAUCACCAUGGACCUCACUGGGGACCUUGAAGCCCUCAAGAAAGAAACUUUUGUGUUAAAGGAAGGUGUUGAGUACAGAGUCAAAAUUCAUUUCAAAGUGAACAGGGAUAUUGUGUCAGGCUUGAAAUAUGUUCAGCACACCUACCGGACUGGGGUGAAAGUGGAUAAAGCAACAUUUAUGGUUGGCAGCUAUGGGCCUCGGCCAGAGGAGUACGAGUUCCUGACUCCCGCUGAGGAGGCCCCCAAGGGCAUGCUGGCCCGAGGCACUUACCACAACAAGUCCUUCUUCACCGACGAUGACAAGCACGACCACCUCACCUGGGAGUGGAACCUGUCCAUUAGGAAGGAGUGGACAGAAUGAGUGCCUCUGCCCGUCCCUCCCCUGCCCUGGCCGCCUGAGCGAUGCUCUCGGUCCUGUCACCAGCCUGCCCCUCCUUCCUGUUCACAGCCGGGGCUCAGCUCGGAUACUCCCCACGUUCUCUUAUUGACGCAUCUUAUCCUGUACUGUUUCUCAAAGUGGUCCUUAGCAUAAGAUGCUUAAAACCCAGGCUUUACUCCUGCCUUCUCCUUCUAACCCCCCCUCAUGUCCAGAUCUUCAAAGUUCUCUCCCUCAAAACACAAUCAUUUAAUAACUCUUUCUCUUACUCCCAUUUGAGCAACGAGAGGCCAGGAAAUGGGUCAACUGCCACUAACAGUCCGUUGGCCUUGGCUUCCAGUAGUUCAUCCCCCCUGUGGAUCCUUAAAUGGUUGCUGCUGGCUCAACAAAAGUCCCUAAUCACAUUCCCUGCCAGUUGGAGUUCUUUUCUGGGAGACACUGUAAAUGGCAUAAGACAGUAAAUAAAACAGUUGUAUGAUCUGA